UUUUUUUGUACGUACCCUGAACGCAGCAAAAGAAAAUGGCUGCGCCCUGUGGAAGGAUGGCGACUAAGUCCCUAUCUCACGUUUUGUCUGUUUUUGGUCGAACAGCCGCCGGUAACGCAGCGUGUCGACAUUUUUCCGUCGCUUCAGUUUGUCGGGCGACGCCUCAGUCUAAAAUUGCAGCGGAAUCCGGGAGUUCUUCGUGGACUCUGAUGGCAGCGGUGUGCUUGCAGAGGCUCCCGGUGGUUUCUGCAGACUUCAGUCCGGUCGAGGAGCGCUUCAAACAGAUGUUACUACAGAUGGAGCUGGAGAAGAGCCUCCUGUCGGACCAUGAGCUCCGGCUGCUGGAUGACGCGGACCGAAUCCGUCGGAAGCAGACGGACGACUAUGACUCUGAUGAAGAGGGCGCCCACGGCGACCAGGAAAUCAUGCUAGGUCAAGACUUAGAGGAUACAUGGGAGCAGAAGCUGAAGAGUUUCCAGCCAGCACCGAGGGUCCAACCCGAAGUAGAUAAGGACUUGACCUCGGCGAAGCGCUGCCUGGCCGACUCUCUGGUUCUCUUGGCGGAGCAGCGUGUGGGCGGCGAGAAGCUGUGGCUGCUGCCUCAGGCUCAGUGGCAGGAGGGAGAAACACUGCGGCAGACUGCUGAGAGAGCGCUCGCCUCCCUGCCAGCAGGUUUCAAGGCGACUUUCCUUGGCAACGCCCCCUGCGGCGUGUACAAGUACAAGCUCCCCAAGGCCGUCAGGACGGAGAGCUCGACCGGGUGUAAAGUGUUCUUCUUCAAAGCCAUUGUGGCAGACGACGGCCAACCCAAAGCUCCAGCAGGACCUUUCCUGUGGCUGAAGAAAAGCGAACUGCAGCGAUACCUGAAGCCUGCGUACAGGAUGAAGGUUGAACGCUUCAUCCUCGCUCUCUGACGUUUAACUCGUACAGACACACUGACUCAGAGAACAGUGUUCAUGUUGCUCCUCUGUCAUCGCUGAAUGUGCACUUGUUAAAUAAAAGAUGCGUGUUUUAUUAAAUAAAGACAUGGUGAAGCAGA